AUGACUUCACGAUUGAUGGCCUCCGGCGGCUCGGGAAGAGCGAUCUUGCGCUGCCCGGUGCCGAAUAACUUCCAGCGCCGUGCCUUUGCGUCGUCGAGAUUCUACUUCCAGGAAGUCUUUGAGUCCCAGCUGAACGACCCUGCCUCCGCGGCCGUUUACUCGUCUCUCCAGACAUCGAGAGCCGUGCCACAAACCCUUACUGAGAAGAUCGUCCAGAAGUACUCCGUCGGGUUGGCCAAGGACAAGUUCGUCAAAUCCGGUGACUAUGUGACCAUCUCGCCGCACCGCUGCAUGACCCAUGACAAUUCAUGGCCCGUUGCGCUCAAGUUCAUGUCCAUUGGGGCUUCCAAGUUGCACGACCCGAACCAGAUUGUCAUGACCCUCGACCACGAUGUGCAGAACAAGUCGGACAAGAACCUACAAAAGUAUCGCCAGAUUGAGGAGUUUGCCAAGCAGCAUGGUGUUGAGUUCUACCCUGCCGGACGUGGUAUCGGACACCAAAUUAUGGUCGAGGACGGAUUUGCGUUUCCGGGUUCGCUCGUGGUGGCCUCGGACAGUCACAGCAACAUGUACGGUGGUGUCGGCUGCUUGGGUACCCCGAUUGUCAGAACCGACGGUGCCAGUAUCUGGGCUACUGGUAAGACGUGGUGGCAGAUUCCCCCGGUUGCCAGAGUCAACCUGACGGGUGUUCUGCCCCCGGGUGUGACUGGUAAGGAUAUCAUUGUUGCACUUUGCGGUCUAUUCGACAAGGACGACGUCUUGAACCAUGCGAUUGAGUUCACUGGCUCGGAAGAGACCAUGAACAGCUUGACUGUGGACUCCCGGUUGACCAUCGCCAACAUGACCACCGAGUGGGGAGCUCUGUCUGGUUUGUUCCCAAUUGACAAUGUUUUGAAGGGUUGGUUGAAGGGCAAGGCCACUACAGCCGCCAUGGGUCUUUCCGACGGUCCUUACAAAACCUUGGCUGCUCAGCAUUUCACGCACCCUAUCCUCGAUCAACUAUUCUCCAACCCCAUGACGGCCGACAAGGGCGCGAAAUAUGCCAAGGAGCUCUUCCUUGACCUUUCCACCCUCACUCCUUACGUCUCUGGUCCCAAUUCCGUCAAGGUUGCCACCGCCCUUGGUGACUUGGAGGCACAGAAUAUCCCAGUCAACAAGGCUUACCUUGUGUCAUGCACUAACUCGAGAGCCUCCGAUAUCGCCUCCGCCGCCAAGGUGUUCAGAGAGGCCGCGGAGAAGAAUGGCGGACAGGUCCCCAAGAUCGCGGAGGGCGUGAAGUUCUACAUUGCCGCCGCAUCGAUUCCGGAGCAGCUGGCUGCCGAAGAAACGGGUGACUGGCAGAUCUUGCUGGAGGCUGGCGCUACUACUCUCCCUGCUGGCUGCGGACCCUGCAUUGGUCUUGGUACUGGAUUGCUUGAACCCGGUGAGGUUGGUAUCAGUGCGUCCAACCGUAAUUUCAAGGGACGCAUGGGCAGCACCGACGCCAAGGCUUACCUUGGUAGCCCUGAAGUUGUUGCCGCCAGUGCCCUGAGUGGAAAGCUCAGCGGACCCGGCUGGUACAAGACCCCCGAGGGAUGGACUGGCGUUGUGCGCGGCGAGGGCGAUGGUAUCCGUGAGGAAGAGCGGAUGCUUACCGCUGAGGAAGCCCUCGAAAAGGUGAUCGGUCAGAUUGAUGACCUUGUUGCCGACGGAGAGAAGCAGUUCACUCCUGAAGCGGGUGCUGAGGCUGAAGCCGAUGAUGACUCUCUCACGGAAGUGUAUCCUGGCUUUCCUGAGCGUGUCUCGGGAGAAAUUGUCUUCUGUGAUGGUGACAACAUCAACACCGACGGUAUCUACCCCGGCAAGUACACCUACCAGGACAACGUUUCCGAGGAGACCAUGGCCCAGGUGUGCAUGGAAAACUACGACCGACAGUUCGCCUCGGUCGCCAGGGCCGGUGACAUCCUGGUUACCGGGUUCAAUUUCGGAUGCGGUAGCUCCAGAGAACAGGCUGCCACCGCUCUGCUGGCUAAGCGCAUUCCGCUUGUUGUCUCCGGAAGUUUUGGUAACAUCUUCUCCAGAAACAGCAUCAACAAUGCCCUGAUGGGUCUGGAAGUUCCCCGUCUGAUCAGCCGUCUUCGGGAAUCCUUCAACUCCGACAAGGCUCUCACCCGCCGGACUGGCUGGACUUUGACUUGGGAUGUCCGCAGAAGCCGCUUGGAGAUCCAGGAGGGUGAGAAUGGACCCAAGUGGACGCACAAGGUCGGUGAACUCCCGCCGAACGUGCAAGAGAUUAUUGCCAAGGGCGGUUUAGAGAAAUGGGUCAAGAAUGCUAUUGGAGCAUAG